AUGGGAAAAGCGUCAAACGCGAAGCAUAGGAACCACCGAGGCGGCGGCGAUAAGCCCGAGAAGGGUUACACCGGGGACCGUGACGAAGUGGAAUCAGCUGACGAGGGUUCUAGCGAUAGUGACUAUCUUUCGGAGUCGGAAGACGAAGGGACUGACGAUUACAAACUAGGUGGUUACCACCCUGUGAAGAUCGGCGAUUCGUUCAGGAAUGGUCGUUAUCGCGUGGUGAAGAAGCUCGGAUGGGGUCACUUCUCGACCGUCUGGCUCGCGUGGGAUGAAACGGAGAAGCGCUACGUGGCUCUCAAGGUGCAGAAGAGCGCGUCGCACUAUACCGAGUCAGCUCUUGACGAGGUUCAGCUCCUCAGACAGGUGGCGGACGGCGAUCCGCGGAACGACAAGUGCGUGGUGCGCCUACUGGACCACUUCCGCCACUCGGGCCCGCACGGCUCGCACGUGUGCAUGGUCUUCGAGUCUCUAGGGGAAAACCUCCUCUCGCUCAUCCGCCGCUUCCGCUACCGCGGGCUCCCCCUCCCCGCAGUCAGGCACCUCGCGCGCCACAUCCUCACAGGGCUAGACUAUCUGCACAGGCAGCUAUCGAUUAUCCAUACGGACUUAAAGCCCGAGAACGUGCUGCUGGUGCGGUCGAUAGAUGAUCAGCUGGGGAUUGGGGGGAGAAUGGACGGUCCGCCGCCUCCGCCUCCGCCUCCGGUUUCGGUUCCGCGUGGGGGGGAUGGCGCGGGAGCCGGGGGAGGGCGCGGGGGUGGUGCGAGGGGCGCGGCGGAAGGGGGGCCGUUGGCGUCACCAGCGUCGUCGGGACUGACGAAGAACCAGCGGAAGAAGAUGAAGAAGAAAGCCAAGAAGGCCGAAGCUGCUGCUGCUGCUGGCGGUGCUGGUAGUGGCGCUGCUGGGGCACAGGCCGGGGGAGGGGGAGAAGCGGGAGAGGCGGAAGCCGGGGCGGCGGAUAUGGGGGAGAGUGAGGGGGGGUCGCGGAUGGAGGAGAGCAGCGCGGGCAUGGGGGAAGGGCGCGCGGAGGGGAUGGUAGAGGACACGGCGGAUAGCAGAGCAACAGGGGGAGCGGCGGUGGAGGGAGGGAGGGAGUCGUCCGCGUUAGAAGCUGGUCUGAAAGAGUUCCUAGGGCUCGAAGGUAACGGGAAGGAAAAAGGACCAGGUGAAGGGGUGGGGAUUGGGGCUGAAGCAGGACCAGCGAGUGGGGGCGAGGCAACAGCUGCAACAGCAACAGCAGCAGCGCCAGUAGCGCCAACACUGGGAGGGGGAGAGGGCGUACAAAAGGGGGUAUUUACGUCUUCGUCUUCCAUGGAGGAUUACCUCGGUCUGGCCGACCUAGCUGCGUCUGUUGUUGCCACUGGCACCGGCACGUGCAUCAGUCCUGCUGCUGCUGCUGCUGCUGCUGGUGGUGGUGGUGGUGGUGCGGCAGGAGGUGAUGGAGGAGCGGAGGCGAAGAGUGCUGGGGAGAAAGCUUCGGCAGCAACAGCAGGAGCAACAGCUGCAGGGGCAGAGGCAGCAGCUGCACAAGCGGCAGCAGAGCUUGCAGGGAGGAAGAAACGGCCGGUGGACCUGACAGGGCUGGACUUGAGCUGCAAGAUUGUGGACCUUGGGAAUGCCUGCUGGACAUACAAGCAGUUCACGAGUGACUAUUACCAGUGCCCUGAGGAAUGUUUUGAGGCGCCUCAAAACAUUCCAGCGCUCCAGUACUGCUGCCCCGAGGUGCUGCGGAUUGAGGGUUUGACAUUCCGCCCUUUUCGCUACUCCCCAUCACCCCAACCCCACCCUCCCGCCACCACCCAGUUCACGAGUGACAUUCAGACGCGCCAGUACCGCUGCCCCGAGGUGCUGCUGGGAGCGCGCUACUCCACCUCAGCGGACAUGUGGUCCUUCGCCUGCCUCAUCUUUGAGCUCGUCACUGGAGAUGUGCUCUUUGACCCGCGCUCAGGCCACGACUUCGACCGCGACGAGGAUCAUCUUGCGCUGAUGAUGGAGCUGAUUGGUCGGAUUCCAAAGAAGAUCGCCCUAGGAGGCAAGUACUCUAGGGAUUUUUUCUCGCGCAACGGGGAGCUGAGGCACAUAAGGCGCCUCAAGUUCUGGCCGCUAGACCGAGUGCUCACAGAGAAAUACGACCUCCCCCCAGCAGAAGCCACCUCCCUCGCCUCCUUCCUCACCCCCAUGCUUGACUUUGCCCCUGAGAGACGCGCCACUGCCCGCCAGGCCCUCGCCCACUCCUGGCUCGCCGAACCUGAGCCGGAGCGGCCGUUAGGUUCGGCUGGUGCAGGAGGUUCGGGUGCAGACGUAGGGUCGGGUGGGGCGGUGGGUCGAGGGGGUGGGGAGGUGGAGGAUAAGAGGAAAAGGGGGGAGAGUAGGGAGAAGAAGGGGGGUGGGGUGAGGGAAGGGAAGGAGAGUGGUGACAGGAGGGAGGGAGAGAAUGGGGCAUCUGCAGAUGGGAAGGGAAAGGUGAAUGGGAUAGAUGGCGGAGGGUUGAGAGAUAAGAGGGAACGGACUGGAGGAAAGGGAGGGGGUGGAGGAGUGAUGAAUGGGGAAGGUGACGGGAUGGAGUGCGAUUCUGGGGAUGGUGCAAUUGCUGGGCAAAGAGGUGGUAAAGCAGCUGCUAAAGCAGCUGUGACGUCGCCAUUAGUGGCUUCGAUGGCCGCUUCCGGCGGUUUGCCGUUUAACCCCUUCAACGGAGUCAACGGAGUCAACCCUCUCUCUGACGCGCUCCGCGCUCGGCCGCCGACGGCCCUCUCCUGCUCGCUCUCCCAAGGGCUGUCGCUCUCGCUGCUCUCGUCUCUCUCUGCCACGUGGCAGCACGGCAAGCACCACCUUAGAGCCAGUGCAUCGGACGCAUCUCAGCCGUUGGAAGAACCAUCACAGAAGAAAGGCCAAUCUGGAUCGUUGCUGGAGAGGUUCCCCCUCAAGGCAGCGGUGACGGCGAGUGGGCUGGCGCUGACAGGUGAUACGAUAGCACAGCUGGUGGAGCGAUACCGACGCCGGCAGGCCAAAGAGAUUGAGAUAGAGGCGGCGUCGCCCUGCUGCAGGAAGAGACUGCGGGGAGUAGCGGACAAGGAGCUGUGGCAGCACGAUUUUAUCCGAGCUCUGCGCAUGGCCUCAUAUGGCUUCCUGCUCUAUGGCCCCGGCAGCUACGUGUGGUACCAGUGCCUCGACCGCAUGCUGCCCGCUCCCACGCUGACCAACUUCGUGCUCAAGGUGACGGCGAAUCAGGUGGUGCUGGGGCCGUGUGUGCUGCUGGUGGUGUUUGCAUGGAACAUGGCAUGGAUGGGCAAGGCCAAAGACAUUCCUGACAAAUACCGCAGGGACUUCUUCCCGUCUCUUGUCGAUGGGUGGAAGUUUUGGAUUCCCGCUGCGAGCCUUAACUUUGCAGUUGUCCCGUUAGAGGCACGAGUGGCGUUCAUGUCAGUGUGCGCCAUCUUUUGGAACUUCUAUCUCUCCUCCUCUGUCGGCAAGGAAUCCGCUGCUCCCAAACUCCCACCUGCACCCGCCGCUGCUAGCGCUGCCGCCCCUGCUGCCCCUGCUGCCCCUGCUGCUGCCAGUGCCUAG